CAUUAGUAGACUAAGAACAACAGCCAAUUGUUAACCAUUGAUGAUUAUGACUAAAGAAGAUACAAAGGAGUUGUUUUACUUGACUGAAAUCAAGAAUGAUGAAGUUUACGUUGUUGAUUCGAUCAAAGCUGGAAUUGAAAGGUCAGAACAAGAAUUUGGAAUCUACAAUGGUAUUCUUAGGCCGAUAUUUGAACUUUUGAAAAUUAAACAUGAACACUUAAUCACCGAGACAUCUACUUCAAUAAAAGAGUUUGGAGAAUCUUUGAAAGGGUCAACCAAACAAAAGACGGUAAUUUUUAUUAGUGGGGAUACAUCCAUUAGUGAAUUUGUUAAUUCAUUAACUAAGGCAUCAUCCAGUAGCAUAUUGAAGCUUUUCGUAAUACCGGCUGGCACUGGGAACAGUUUGGCUCUAUCUAUCGGUAACAAUGGAGUGUUGGACUCUAUAGCAAAGUUAUUCACUCAUUCAAGUAAGGAUGUUCAUCCGUUAUACUUAUAUGAAGUGGAAUUCCCCUUGGGAUCCUAUUUUUUAUCACAAAGUGAAAAAACUCAGGAAAUCACCAAACCUUACAAGUUUUUGGUUGUUUUUUCUUGGUGCUUCCAUGCUUCUUUGGUUGCUGAUAGUGAUACUCCAGAGCUUCGUAAGAAUGGGAUUGAAAGAUUUAAGAUAGCGGCGUUUUCAAAUUUAGCUCAAGAACAAAGGUAUGAUGGAACCGUUCAAGUUGGAUCAAAGAAAUUUGAAGGUCCAUUUGCAUAUUUAGUUAUUACCCUGUCCCAAAGAUUUGAGCCAACAUUUGAAAUUCUGCCUAAGGGAAACAUUCUCGAAGAUAGCUUAUAUCUAGUUAGUUUUAAAACCGAAGAGACCGAAACGGCUGAACAAGAUCCUUUAGUAAAAGGCAAAUAUAUUAUGGAUAUAAUGGGAGAGGUUUACAACAAAGGAAAGCAUAUUGAAAAUGAUAAAGUUAUAUAUGAGAAAAUUGAAGAGGGUCAGAAUAUUGAAAUUCUUAUCAAAAAUGCCAAAGUGGAAAGAAAAAGAAGAUUUUGUUUAGAUGGGUCUAUAAUUCUAUUACCUGAAGAAGAAGAAAAUAAGAUCGUGGUGAGACCCACUGGUGAUACUCAUAAUAAUUUUAAAUUACGAAUUAUCAGCUAA